AUGGACCCUUCAGAAAAGGUCAUAUCCGCACUAAAGGACAGGAAUAUAUACCCCAAACGUGAGGAGAUUGCAGCAGCUUUUCAUGAUACCGCCAGCAAUGUCGAAAAUACCGAAUGGGUCCAAGAACAUCUAACUCCGGACGCGCUCCUAUCGCAGGAGGAAUUGAAGCUAUAUUCGAAGCUCGAAGAUUCGGGAACUCUACGCACGCUUCUCGCGGACGCGAACUUCGAUUCCACGCGACCUGUCCUCGAUGGAGACUUUCAAAGGGCAAUCGAAGCGCUGAGCACAUCCACGGCAGGAAUACAGAAGCAGACUGAGAUCCUCACGUCUCAGUACGAUGUCCUGAGUCGACAGCAUAAGCGAGACGACGAUCAGGAAUCCAGACAAACUAGGGAGGUGGAAAGGUUGCGACGGAAACAUGACGCAGAAAGACAAAAUACAGUUGUAGCGGUAAUUUUGAGUGAGUUGGCGCAUGAAUUCGACGCAACCCUGAAGAAUGAGGCGGAGAAGUCGACAAUGGAUGGGAAAAAGAUACUCUCCGCCUUGACGACGCAGUUGAAAAAGAACGACAAGCUACUGUCCGACCUUGAGACACUUGCAGCUGGGGUACAGUCUUCUGAUGGCGAUGCCUCUAUCAUGAAGCGAACGUCAGCAUUAAGCACAGCCCUCGCUCAAUAUGUCGCCGAAGAGAUAUACUGCCGGCUUGACCGCUUGUAUUUAGAGAGAAUACUUGACGACAGGACCUCUGCCGCAGAUGGCUCAACGAACAAAGAGCUUGAGGCUUUAGUUGGCUUAGAGCAAGAAAUGGAAUCUCUCUAUCCAGAAAUCGAUAUCUUGUCCGAAAUAUCGACUAAGCAACAGUUUGUGGAGCCUAUACUCCGACAACUCCAGAAUCACCAUGGUCGGCUGCGAAUUAAAUCCCAUCAGAACCUCGAUCUGAUUCUGGAAACCGUGACAGAUAUGACGGCACAUAUAGAAAGCCUUAUUGCAACUCUGCAAGAUUGGGAGUCAUUUUGUGCGACGGUUGAGGCCUUUGCCUCGAAAUAUCGAUCCGAGGUCGGUGACCAGAUCUUAGACUCAACCUGUUCAAGGCGGGAAACAAUGAGAAGGUUCUCUACCCAACCUACACAUGUGCCAUCCCAACCUGGGAAACAGUGUGGUCCUUUCCCAGAAUCUGAGGCAUUAGGUGGGCUCUUGCGUCGCCUCGGCCUAACGGCUGAGGCUGUCUUCCGGGCUGAGGAAGUUGACGGAGCGGCCCAAUCUCUAUUCCAACAGAGGCAGCACAUGCUUGAUGGUUUGCAAAGUUAUGCGAUGGCCAGUGAUUCACCCCUGGCGGCCGAGCUUCUUCCAACAGACCGGGCAAUUAGGCUGCUUUCCUCUUCGUUGGAGGCUGACUCUUUAUGCACUGCCUCUCUAUCAAGUGUGGAACAUGAGAGGAGCCUCUCGGUGCUCGAGUCAAAGCUAAGCCGUAUUCAGAAAGGCAUUCAGAAUCUCAACCAGGAUGUUGUUUAUCAGCGGGACAAGAACCAGGAAAAGUUCCUUGAGAAGUGGGGGUAG